UGUCCUGCGGACCAAAUGCACCUGUGCCUUCUCUACGUAGCAAUUUGUGGAUGGAUCUGCAGAGGCCAAGCAGGGCCAGUGAGCAGCGAGGGUGACUGUUUCAACCCAUUGUUUCAACCGCAUUGGGCCGGAAAAAGUGACAUACGACACCUUGCCAGCAGGCCAACGUCGCAGAACUCCCUAAACCUUUGUCCAUUCUGGAAUCUCAAGCCGGCAUGCUGCACAGUCUCUUUUGAGGAUGAGCAAAGAAAGGCAUACCAGCUUUGGAAGAGCCACUGGAAGAACAAGGAGGCACAUUUGGAGUACUUCCGAUCGCAGAUGGAAGACUUUGCCAUCAGCAAGGGCUAUCAUGAUUCGUCCCCCAUCCAACGCUCACUCUUUGACGCAGCGCUGCGGAGUAUCAGGAAUGUGGUCGCAACGUAUGGCGUGUGCUUUGACACGCUCUUGGAGUAUGUUGCAGGAAUGCUGUGCUUCUCAUGCCAGCCUCACUGGCAUCAUCAGGUCUUGCUUUCAGAAGACCACUCAAGAGUCCUGCUGCUCAGAAUUGAGGAGAGCUCGAACAACGAGCUCUGGGACCACUGCAGUGCCUUGAGUUCUGCAGCUUGGGAGCUAGAUCACCGAAUUCAAGAUUCCAUGCUGGCAAAGCGCAUUGCCUCUUCUUAUGUGGACUUCAGGAUGUUUGAUGACAGGAUAAGACUGGCGCAGUACAUGGAGUCAGUGGGGCGCAUUAUCAUGCGUGGUGCAAAUGAACACGUCAUCAAGAAGACCCCUGCCAUCACAGAGAACGUGUCCAAAGUGGCACUGCCUCGUCGAUUGAGCGAUCCUAGAAAUGGUACCAAGGAUAAUCAGACUGUACAGGGGCAGCUGCGAAAGCUUAUCUCUCCAGUUGAAGAUGGCCGUAAGUCCGGCUUUGUCUUCCAUGUGUUCCCUCAGAACCCCUUGCCAGGAAGCGGCAGACACAGACAUUUAAGCAUGCUUGGAGGUUGCCUACUGCUCUUCCAACAUUUUGUCUAG